CCAGAGAACUUUUGGGAAGCUAUACAGAGUGCUGUGAACGCUUCAAAGGAUACUAGAUUAGUCAAUAUAAAUGUUAAGAAAAUAAUGAGAACUUGGACAAAUUCAGAAUUAUAUCCAAUAAUAAAUGUCACAAGAAAUUAUACAACUGGCUCAAUCAAAAUCACUCAAAUGCCAGCAACUAUACUUUUUGGUAUAACAGAAAGAAAUAACACGAGUAAAUGGUACAUACCGAUAAAUUAUGCAACACAAUCAAACCCUAACUUUAAUUUAACUUUUCCGAGCCAUUGGUUAAAACCAGAUACUAAACGACUAAUGAUUAAUGGUGUUAAUCCUAAAGAUUGGAUUAUUUUGAAUAAUCAACAAACAGGUUACUAUCGUGUUUUAUACGACGAACAAAAUUGGAUCCGUUUGGCAACACUAUUAAAUAGCGAUAAUUAUCAAAAAAUACCACCACUUAAUCGAGCCCAAAUCAUUAAUGAUGCUGUGCAAUUUUCUCUUAAAAAACUAUUAGAUGUUAAAAUUUUCCUCAAUCUUGUAUCUUAUUUACAUCGAGAAACCGAUUAUAUUCCGUGGUACGAUGCUCAAUUUAUAUUUAGCUUUUUAAAUUAUCAUUUAUCAAAUACACAAGCACAUGAUAGCCUAAAGAAAUUUUGUCUACGAUUAAUUGUGCCUCUCGUGGAUAAGAUUGGUUUUGAAGAUCGAGUGGAUGAUAAUUUUUCCACUUUGCUAUUAAGAAGAAUCGGCAAUCAUUGGGCAUGUCAUUUUGGAUAUAAAAAUUGUUGGAACAAUGCAACUAAACAAUUAGAAGAUUACCUAUGUAAUAAAAAACCCAAAUCGGAAUUAGUUGACUUACAGGAAUGGGCUCGCUGUUAUGGCUUAAAUGGUGCAAAUGAAACAAUUUGGAACAAAAUGCUUCAAAAGUAUCAAGAAAAUUUAUCAGAAAACACGAUUAUAUAUUUAUCGUGUUCAGAAAAUUCAACUAUAUUACAUAAUUUUCUGAAUUUAACGAUUUCAAAUAACUCAAUAAUUAAUGAGAAACAUGUUUUAUCGGUAUUUAAAUCAGUUUGCUUUUUCCAGUCAGGCGAUGAUAAGCGAAUUAAUUUAUGUUUAAACUUUAUCAACGAUAAAUUUGACGAUGUAAAAUUAAGACUUGGAAAUUCAACCCAAUCUUUUACGUAUCUUCUCGAUCUUUUGGCAUCAGAAAUUAGACAAAAGCAGCAAUUACAACAUUUUAAAAAAAUAUUAGCUCAAGAAGAAUCUAUCGUCAUUUCUAAUAAGCUAAACUCUCGAAUAAAACAAAUAGAGAAUAGUAUUACGGUAUUUGAACAGAAAGCAAGUUAUUACGAACCAUAUUUAAAGGAA